UUGGGUAAAGAACUCGUACGCUUCCUAAAUUCCAUUGAUCACACUGGCCAAACUUUACAAGAAGCUGUUAUGGCUAUUGGGUCCAUAGCCAGUCUGAGUAACGUCAGGGCGGAGGCAACAGAAACAAGUCAUAUGACGGAUUGAGGAACUUGCUCGGAUUAAGAAUGUCUUGAUGCAAUGUCUCUGAUUGGCUCGUCUCACUGGUCACGCCUGUCUUGGUGGGGGGAGGUGGGGUCCCAUUCCCACUCCCCAUGAAAAAAAUGUUCAUUUUAUAUCCACAAGUUUCCAUCGCUUAUUCUUUCUCUCUCUCUUCUUUUUCUUAUUAUCGUCUACUUGGAUCAUCGUCUUGUUUAAUUAUUCCCUUUAUACCAUCACUUCUAUUUUUUUUUAAAACAACCCCCUUGUAACCUUUUGAACCCAUCAACUAUUCAAUAUGAGCUGCUAAAAAAAGUCUACCCAACAACCCCAUUCCCAAGCCAAAUUAUGAAAUUUACCUUUCUACCCAACAUCUCUGAAUCACACUUCACAUCUCGUUGAUAUCUCAAACUUUGAACCGACACCGCCUAUCUGCGAAAACACCUACCACAAACUCCAACU